UGUCCCGCACCGCGAUCCGCGCCGACAUUCAACCAAAAUUAACCAUUUACAGUUUUGUUUCUUUUCUUCAUCUUGCUAGUUGACUUACUGGCCGUCAUUCUUUACCUGCGGUGCGAUACAAUACGACAAAGUAAUCUAGAAUAUUUCGAACAAGGGACCUCGCCCAGAUCAUUUGGCCACCCGCUCAUCAAAAGAGCUCUCGCUGCAGUGUAGAUAAUUAUUAGACGCAAUCUUCGAUCACCGCCCUGGAAGUCGCCUCGUCUGGCCGGCUUCCAUCUCCAAAAUGGCCGAGCCCGAGUCUACCCUCUUUUCGGGCUGCCGUAUAGCCUUUGUACCUAGUAGUACACUGAAGCCUUCUACAAUAGCGGAUGCUACCAAGAUGGUUCUCAGGAAUGGUGGCGAGGUUCUCGAGCCUCAAUCCAACGGCAAGCUAGCGGUCCACGAAGCAACGCACAUUGUGUCCAAUACGAUCGACUUUGAAGAAUAUACCGCCGCCGGAGAGUAUUUAGUACCUGUUGUCACUUGCAACUGGGUCACCAACAGCUUGAUGAAGCGCAAGCUCGCCGCCUUACGCCCACAUUCACCCGAUCCUCGAUUGAUAUUUCACGCCGUCAAUGUCACCUGCGCAGACCUCCCCCAGACCGACAAGGAGUCCAUCAUAGGCGCAACCAUUGCCCUUGGAGGUACCGAGUCAAAGGAUCUCACCAAAGUAACCACACACAUAUGCGCCCUCUCUUAUGACCACCCCAAGGUUGCCUUGGCUGUUUCUAAGGGUCUGAAGUGCAAGGUGGUGCUGCCUCACUGGUUCGACGACUGCUUUAAACUGGGCAAGCGAAUCGACGAAGGACCUUAUGAACUCCCGGACCCUGAAAUUCUAGAGGCGGGCGAAAGUACAAAGGAUAUUGCCGUUCCAUGUAGUCAACAUCUCGAAGGAGCCACCACAACAAUGCCUACAACCGCCCCGGAAAACACCAAAUCACGACCUGCAUCCGUAUUUAACCACAGGACAAUCAAGCUGUCAGAAGACCUCCCCUUGAACGAGAGAUUUCUGGCUAUCAUCCGUGCCCAUAUCGCCAAGGGAGGUGGCAAAAUCACUGAUGAUGUGGAGGAAUGCGACAUUUAUAUCUGUCACUACCGAGAGGGCAAUGAUUAUAUCCACGCUGCACAAAAGAAGAAACAUGUGGGUAAUAUUGCUUGGUUGCUGUAUCUGAUCACUCACGACGAGUGGACGUCACCGUUGCGACGAUUGCUGCACUACCCAGUCCCGCGGGGUGGUAUACCCGGAUUUGAGGGCUGCAAAAUUACCGUUUCCAACUAUGGCGGCGAGGCUCGAACAUACCUGGAAAACUUGAUCAGGGCUUGUGGUGCCGAGUUUACCAAGACGAUGAAACAAGACAACACUCAUCUGAUUACGGCCCGCAACUCGAGCGAGAAGUGCGAGGCCGCCCUGGACUGGAACGUCACCAUGGUCAAUCACCUAUGGAUCGAGGAAAGCUACGCCAAGUGCGAGAUGCAGCACCCAAGCAACAACAAAAAAUACACGACCUUUCCGCAACGGACAAAUCUUGCUGAGGUUAUUGGCCAGACUUCACUAGACGAGUCCAUACUCCGGGAGGUCUACUACCCAGGAGGCGAGGACAUGGCGUCGGAGGCAGGCUCCGAUACAGCAUCAGGACAUGAGGAUGAGGAGGAAGCGGAGGCUGAGGCGGAGGCUGAGGCGGAAGAAGAAAUCCCUGAAGCCUCCAUGCCAGUACGCGCGAAGCCUGCAACCAAGGGGAAGAAGUCGCCUCUUAGUAAGACCAACAAUAGCAACAGUGCAGCGCUUGCCACGCCGGCACGUGCAAGUCGAAAUGGUGGAUCUGGAAAGGAAAAUGUCACACCGGCGUCACGGCCCAGCACCAGCAGGAGCGCAAAGAGCACAGCGUUGAACAAGCUUCAUGUCCUUGCACCAGAUAUUGCACUAUAUGAGAAGGAGAAGAAGCGAAUGAGCAAUGGACCCUUUGGUGGCAAGCGUGCAGCUUCCGAGCUCGAGAAACAGCAAGCAGAGGCUGCUGAGAAGCAAAAGGAGAAAAAAGAGGCAGCACAAGACGAUGAGGAUGGUGAACGUCCGGCAAAGAGGCAGAGAUCUUCGCGACCACCGGUCCAGUAUCGUAUCUGCCUCACAGGUUGGAGGAGGUGGCUCGCACCCGAUGUGAAGGGUGUCUCACAAGAGGAUAAAGAGAGGCGAAAAUUGCGACAAAUGGGUAUCAAUAUCGUACAAGAAGGACAGCCAUGCGACUACCUGGCGGCGCCACGCGUUGUCCGGACCCAGAAAUUUUUGACCACCCUAGCACGCGGACCGGAGCUUAUAAGCGAUCAGUUCUUGGUGGAUGCCCUGGAAAACGGAGAGCUGCCAAAUGUUGAAGACUAUCCACUCGAGGAUGCCAACUACCCUGACAUACAGAAAUCGGUCGCUCGGGCACGACAGAACAAGGGAAAGCUCCUACGGUCGGUGCCAAUAUACUGCACGGCCGAGGUACCCCAUGGACCUAAUGCGUUCAAAGCGAUCGCCGAGGCCAACGGUGCAAUCUUUAAAAUCUACCGGGCUCGCAGUGGGGUGACGAUCCGACCAACGACGGCUGAGGAAGAUGGAGGGGCGCCACCCGACCCUGUCUAUCUCCUGAGCGGAGACACGGCAGCAGAGAAGUUGCUGUGGCCUAAAUUCGAGCACAUGGCGCGCGAAGGGCACAUGGAGCCACGAAUCGUGGAUCCGGACUGGUUGCUCGACGUGGCAAUGAGGCAAAGGCUAGACUUUGACGAAAAGUUCAUGGUGAGGCUGAGGGACCAAUAGAAUAGAGCCAAGUUCUAUUUCGAGGGUUUGCUGUGUUUGCUUCGUCAUUCUUGGUUGCUUUGUCGAAUUCUGAUGACCAUCAUGAGACAUGUUUUUGUAUUAUUGUACUGAUUUGGGAGCGAUGGAUGGCGUUUGGUAGAGCCAAAGGGCUUUGGUAGAUGGGAUCUCCAGGAACUCUGUUUAUAAUGUUUUGGGCUUCCUUUGGAUUGCUGGAGUCGUUUGGCUUGGAGGAUCCAUAAAUCGACUUGUGAUCUGAUGUCAAGUCAGAGAAUAUGAUGGAUGUUGGUUGGUAGGCUUUGGUCGUGCCUGGUUUGACCCUGGAUAAGAAAAAGUGGAAAGAGAAAAGAAACCAAGAAAAGAAACAAUAAAAACAAGAACUCCAUCGUAACAUAAAAAAAAAAGGACUCAAAAAAACUUGACACCCUGCGAAUCCUCCUGGCCAAAGAUCUGCGCCCUCCCACGCUUGACGAGCACUUGCAGGGCCCUGUGCAGCAUGUCCCCGUCGAUGCCGUGGAUGUCAGUGCCUAGGGUGCCGUCCCCCUCGACGAGCUCGUACAGGGUCAGCACAGAGCCCUUUUGCGCCGUCUCUUCGACCCAGGCCUCGAUCAGCUGCGCCCACUCCUCGGGCGACCGCCAAAAGAUCCACGCCACGUCUCCUCCCCCCUGCUGGGUGCUGGAAGCUCCUCCUCCUCCUCCUCCCCCUCCGCCGCCGGGGCUGCAGUACUCGGCCCGGCCCUCCUUGCACAUAAAGUCGAUGACCUCGCGCACGUCCGAGGGCGACAGUCGCCGGUUCAGGGCUUUGUUGUGGAAGAGCUCGUCGGUCGGUGGCGAGGUUUGGGAUGACGCUUGGGAUUGGACCGGGUCUGUGCUGCUGCUGCUGCUGCUGCUGGUGGUGGUCAAGGGUAGCUUGAAGAUGCGGUGGUGUCGGCAGUAGCUCAGCACCAGAGCCGA